UUCCAGGCAAAGGGAGCGUGCGUCGUUUUAAACGCUGCCCCACACGCCCAUGCGCGCCACUCCAUCCCACCACCACCACCACGCGCGCGCGCGCGCCUCCGCGAGCGGCAUUCCACGAGCGAGGGUGGCCGCGACAGGCAGCAGCAGCGGCAGCAGCAGCAGCGGUGGCAGCCAACAGGCAGCGAGCAGACAGCGAGCGGGACGCACACACACACGCAGCAGUAGCAGCAGUAGCAGCAGUAGCAGCAGCUCUAGAUCAGUUCGCACGGCGCUCCUCAGGUGCAGGCGCGAGUCGCGUGCCUCUCUCUCGCCACGUGAGCGGGGGAGGCGAUUGCCUAAAGGGGGGGGGGGGGUGAUGGUUGGGCAGUGAUCUGUUAUUUAUUCGUUCCUUAUUACGGAAGAAAGAAAGCAACAGCAGCAGCAGGAGUAGCAACGCAAAGGACAACGAACUCCCCCCCCCCCGUCCAAAAAAAGCGAGGAUAUUAUUUCACACCAUUAUCUAAGCCCCCGGCCAUGCACCUAGCCCCGAGUCUUCUAGGAUCAGUGAAAAUGGAAGGACACGAGGUGACAGACUGGAACAGCUACUACAUGGACACGUCGGAGGUGUACCCCACGGUGAGCAGCAUGAACAACGGGAUGGGCAUGGGCGGCAUGAACGGCUACAUGAGCGGCGUGAGCUCGCUCAGCUCCUCGGCGAACCUGAGCGCCGGCUCGCCAAACAUGGGCUACGUGAACACGGCGAUGGGGGCCGGCUCCCUGUCCAGCAUGGCCGGGCCGGGCGGCGCCAUGGGCUCGGCCGGGGGCAUCCCCGCCAUGGGGGCCAGCAUGAGCCCCAUGGGGGCCCAGGGCGGCUCCAUCAACAGCUACUCGGCGGCGUACGGCGCCAUGAGCCCCGCCACCAUGAGCCAGAUGUCGUACGCGCAAGGCAACCUGAACCGCGCGCGGGAUCCCAAGAGCUACCGGCGCAGCUACACGCACGCCAAGCCGCCGUACUCGUACAUCUCGCUCAUCACCAUGGCCAUCCAGCAGGCGCCCAACAAGAUGAUGACGCUCAACGAGAUCUACCAGUGGAUCAUGGACCUCUUCCCCUUCUACCGGCAGAACCAGCAGCGCUGGCAGAACUCUAUCCGGCACUCGCUCUCCUUCAACGACUGUUUCGUCAAGGUGCCGCGCUCGCCCGACAAGCCGGGCAAGGGCUCCUUCUGGGCGCUCCACCCGGACUCGGGCAACAUGUUCGAGAACGGCUGCUACCUGCGCAGGCAGAAGCGCUUCAAGUGCGACAGGAAGAUGGGCCCCAAGUCGGCGCAGGACGCCACGAACUCGAGACACUCAAGCGUCGACGGCGCGCACGUGGACGACUCGAUCGGCGUUCACGACAGCGACAGCCCGCCCAGCAUGGAGCAGAUGAAAUCCGGCAUAGCGGACAUGAAACACCAGCAGCAGCAGCAACAACAGCAGCAUCAGCAACAGCAUCAGCACGUGAUAGGAGGACACCCGGGGGCCGAUGGUUCCCCGUCGCCUGCGUCCCAAGCGCAGUCGAUGCUGUCGCACGCGGCGCAUCUCGUGCACGUAACGUCAGCCGAGACGGCGGCUCACUUGAAGGCGGACCCGCGUUACUCCUUCAACCACCCGUUCUCCAUCACCAACCUCAUGUCGUCCGAGCAGCAGAGCCACCAUCACAAAAUGGACCUCAAAGCCUAUGAGCAGGCCAUGCAGCAGUACCCGCAUGGCUACGGCGGCAGCAUGGGCAAUAGCCUCUCGCUGGGCUCCAUGUCCGUGAAAUCGGCGCUUGAGCCGUCCUCGAUGUCCAAUGAGACGGCGUACUACCAAGGUGUGUAUUCCAGACCCAUCAUGAAUUCCUCGUAAAGGCCCCCCACCCUCUCUCUCCCACCCAACCUCACCUGCUCCCUUCCCCACUGCUUCCCACCCCCCCCCCCAAAUGAACGAUCUCCCGUUUUACGCAAUUAAAGAAAACAAGAGGGAGCGAGAGAGAUGGAGAGAGGUCAAAUAAAAAUGUAGCAGUCACCUCUCCCAAGCGUGCAUAAUGGAAAUACGCAUCGUAUGAGAAAACCCAACUUUGACACAAUACAUAUAUAUACAUAUUCUGGUAUACAUGCGAAAAGUAUUUGCAUUUUAGCUCAAAAAUAAACCUUUGGUCCCCCCUCUCCCCCCUGUCUAUUCCUGCGGCAUGUCUAUACUGCAUCUUGUACAUUCACACGCACGCGCGGAUACGCACGGCGACAGCGCGCGUGUCCCUCCGGGUUUCCACGUUUCGCAGGCUGUGAACGACUUGAAACGACAUUGCGUGCGCGCGUGCGUGCGUGUGUGUAAACGCGAACGUGUGUUCUCUUUGACCGUGUAUAAUAGGCAUGUAGUGAUGGUUUUUUUCUUCUCCUCUCUCUCUCUACACACAAUCUGUAUAAUGUACAAACAACAACGACAAUGACGUCAAUCGACGCGCUCCGGACUGCCGACAUCGUGCGAUGCGGUCCAACGGAUGAACGUCACCUUUGUUUCUUUCACUUUGCGAACAGGCAAUAAUCUCAAGGAGAGCCGCGCUAACUUAUCGAGCGAGUAACAACAAUGCGUCGUCUGCCCGCGUUGUUACCAUUGUACGCGACUGUGCGUCUAAACGGCGACGUCUCCCGUCUCGUUCAGUUCACGCGAGCUCGGAUAGUGAAACUCUCACACGCACACACACACACACACGCGUGUGUUUUUAUUUCUCUAUUUUUUCUGUUGUUUUUUUCGUGUGCGUGCGUUAUUUAUAAGAUGGUCUAAGUCCAGCACUGGAUGAACACAUUAUUUAAUUUCGUUGAAAAUCGUUGCGAUGUGUGUGUGUAUAUAUAUAUAUAUGUGUUGAUUAGCGCGCAGCGAAGACA